AUGCCUUCCGAAGUCUCCGAUAUCAAGCAGUUCAUUGAGAUCUGCCGCCGCAAGGACGCCUCCUCUGCCGCCAUCAAGCGCAACCGCAAGUCCCAGCAGGUCAAGUUCAAGGUUCGCUGCCACCGCAACCUGUACACCCUUGUCCUCAAGGAGUCCGACAAGGCCGACAAGCUCAAGCAAUCCCUGCCUCCUGCCCUCAAGGUUGAGGACGUCUCCAAGGGAAGCAAGAAGAAGUCCCUGUAA